UUUCUCUUUAAAGUAAAUAGCUACUAAUAUAAAACUCUAUGUGUUUAGGGUACGUGUGGUUUCGGCUUCCGAUGGUCGCCUGGCGCUUGUUGAACGUUGUCGCUACCCUCAUACUGCUAAUUUUUAUCCUACGUAAGUGGCGCCUUCAAUAAUGACGGCUAUUUUUCGGUCAUGCGGCAGGCACAGAAGUUAUAUUGGAGGCCAUGCUCUAGCAAGUUGCCUCUUUAUUCUAUGCUCUAGCCGAGAGCUGACAAGAGUGCUUCCUGUGACGCUUUGGAACGAAACUGGAACAAAGGCCUCACAAACGCAAUGAGCCUAGCUGAAGGUAUCGCUGCCGAAACGGAAUGCCUCGUCCCUUCCAAGGUCGUUGGGCAGGUCGAGGUUGGCAUGCAGUGCAGCUUGCCUCUGGCUGACAAGUCUGUCGGGUGCUCCUUCAAAGCAUGGAGCGUGUCGAGGUGCAUGCAGACUAUGGAGACUGUGGAUCAUUUAAGCUCCACCUCAGCAUCGAGGUCUUCUAUUUCUCCAUCAACUGCCAGAUGUGACAACUUAAAGCAAGGAUGCUUCCACCGAUGUCACCUGUGUGACUAUGAGGCUGAUAAACUGUUUCGUCUGGAAGCGCAUGCCAGCGUCCACACUGGCGAGAAGCCAUUUCAGUGCCCUUUAUGCCCUCAGAGCUUCUCAGCAAGAUACAAACUAAACGUUCACCUGGGCACCCACACGGGUGAGCGGCCAUUUAAAUGCCCUUCAUGCCUUCAGAACUUCUCACAAAAAAGCCACCUGAAAAGCCACCUACUCACUCACACAGGCGAGAAGCCAUUUGAGUGCCCUUCGUGCAACCAGAGCUUCUCACGAAAGACCCACUUGAAACGACACCAGCAGAUUCACACAGGCGAGAAGCCAUUUGACUGCCCUUCAUGCUCUCAGAGCUUCUCACGAAAGGCCUACCUGAAAGCCCACCUGCGCAUCCACACAGGCGAGAAGCCAUAUCAGUGCCCUUCAUGCUCUCAGAGCUUCUCACAAAAGGGCAACCUUAUGAAACACCUGUGCACCCACAGAACCGAGAAGCCAUUUCAUUGCCCUUCGUGCCCUCGGAUCUUUUCACAAAAGGACUACCUUAUGAAACACCUGUGCACCCACACUGGUGAGAAGCCAUUUCAGUGCCCUUUAUGCCUUCAGAGAUUCUCAUUCAAAAAUUCACUGACGAUACACCAGCGUGUUCAUACAGGUGACCGGCCAUACAGUUGCACCGUCUGCUCCAGGUCCUUUAAGCAGUCUCAUCACUUGAGCAGACAUAAGAGAGCACAUCACCAUAAUAGUGUAGGGUAGGUCAACAACCAUGUUGAACUAUUCGCAAUUAAAAAUUAGAGACAAGUCACGUGUUGCAUAGUAUUUGGCUGCAUCAAGUAGCAGAAGUGUUUACAUGUGCUCUUAAAUGCUCCCUGAAACACUUCUUUUGGGUCACUGUUUUUUCUCUAGAUCUUUUCUAAGCAUGUCAUAGAACAUGGAGCAAAAGAAAUUUUGAAAACUGACCCACAGAAAGCUGUAACUGAGAAAAAAAAUUAAAGGUACAGUUACUGCUCAA